AUGCUCUUCUUUCUCGUCCCCUCACCCACUCUCAUCUCCUGCCCACCCGGAACGCCGGCGGGAUCGGCCGCAACGGUUCGGGAACCGCCGGUGUCCGCGUCCUCAGCGCCGCCAGCUAGGCGGGAGCGGUGUGGGACCCCAGCGCCCCACUCCCGCCCCCGCCAAGGAGCAGGUGAGCCGCUGCCGCUGAUGGGAGACGCCCGGGCUCCGGGAACUGAAGGCGGUGAGCGGCGAGGCCAAGGCGAGUCCCCAGGCAGGGGCUGCGUCGGUCAUCAACAGGUACCCAGUCAGCCAGGAAUGGCACAACUGGAGAGGAGCACCAUCUCUGGCUUCAGCUCUAAGUCCACGCAAAACCCCUUCGCAUACGAUAUUAAACGCGAAGUGUACAAUGAGGAGAGCUUUCAACAGAAACACAAAAGGAAGGCCUCCUCUUCUGGGAACAUGGACAUCAACAUCACCACCUUCAGACACCAUGUCCAGUGCCGCUGCUCAUGGCACAGGUUCCUACGAUGCAUGCUUACAAUCUUUCCCUUCCUAGAAUGGAUGUGUAUGUAUCGAUUCAAGGAUUGGCUUCUUGGCGACUUACUUGCUGGUAUAAGUGUUGGCCUCGUGCAAGUUUCCCAAGGCCUGACACUUAGUUUCCUGGCAAGACAACUGAUUCCUCCUCUCAACAUCGGUUAUGCAGCUUUCUGUUCUUCGGUAAUUUAUGCAAUUUUGGGAUCCUGUCAUCAAAUGUCCAUUGGUGAGUUCAACACUGAAAUACACAUGCGUUAAAUGAAGUUUAUAUCCUGAUCAUAUACUUAUUGCUAAGGAACCCAACAUAAUGCUAUCUUUAAGACAGAAAGAAAGGAAGCAGAAGAUAGACAUUCUAUCCAUAUAGUUAGU